AUGGAUAAUCGACAGGCGUUUCAAUACUCACUGCCUGAGUGCCUACCGCAAUAUCCCCUUAUGCAAAGUCUUUAUUCUUUUAUGCUCAAUAAUGAUAUAGAAUUCGCCACAAGCGCUUUUUAUCAAGCUAUAUUCCAGUACUACUUUCGCGUCGAAAAUGGUUGGCUGGCGGCAUGCGAGUUCCCACCGGAUGAAGGAAGAGAUCGAGUUGAUAUUGUCGCUAUUGCUCACGACCCUGAAGCCCCUCACUACUUUACUCUGGCUGGCAUGGUAGAACUGAAACGGACAAGCUAUAAUCGCAGCCAUGCUUUAAGCCAGGCUGCGAAAUACGCCUCGAAAAAUCUGGAGAGGUAUCAGCUUCCAUAUAUACCGGUGAUGGUGGCAGUUGGGCCACUAUUUUCUGUUUGGUAUAUGAAUCGGGGUAGCGAAGGGCUGAAGGUUUUCGUGAGUGACCGAAAUACUCAAGACUGGUUCGAUAUACGAACAGCAGAUGAUGCAUUCAUUUUGGGAAACUUCAUACGCGCAAUUAAAGACCCAGAAAAUUUUAAUCACUAUCGCCAGACAGUAUCAGCCCAGCCAUCGACCCAGCCAGCAGACCAGAUACAGGGAUAUAAUGUAUCUGGUGGAGGCGUGUCAGGUAUCGCCUAUUCUGCUACAUAUAUUCAAGACGAGCCAAGUACAGCCUAUCCUUCUGCGGCUGAUAAUACAGCCUAUACUGCUACAUACGGUCAAGGCGAGACAAGUGCAGACCACGCUGCUACAUACGGCCAAGGCGAGCCAAGUGCAGACCACGCUGCUACAUACGGCCAAGGCGAGCCAAGUGCAGACCACGCUGCUACAUACGGCCAAGGCGAGACAAGUGCAGACCAUGCUGCUACAUACGGCCAAGGCGAGCCAAGUGCAGACCACGCUGCUACAUACGGCCAAGGCGAGACAAGUGCAGACCAUGCUGCUACAUACGGCCAAGGCGAGCCAAGUGCAGACCACGCUGCUACAUACGGCCAAGGCGAGACAAGUGCAGACCAUGCUGCUACAUACGGCCAAGGCGAGACAAGUACAGCCUAUGUUGAAACCCAGGAGAACGCCAGUGCCAUGGACGAGGAGAGCAGCAGUGAUGGUGAUGAUGAUGAUGAUGAUGGUGAUGAUGGUGAUGAUGAUGAUAAGGAGAAGGAGAAGGAGAAGGAGAAGGAGAAGGAGAAGGAAACAACCCGCAGCGACUGGAAGGAGAAAGGGGAGGGUUACUAUGUGUAUAAAAAGGAUGAGAGAUACUGGACACGAAAGCGCCCUCGUCAUUAA